GGGCGGGCAGGUUCCGGCCCCGGGUGGGUUGGGGAACGAUUAGGCGUCGGGCACUUCCGGUGCCCUUCUCCCUUCAGUGCGCGCAGCAGCGGUCGCGUGGGGUCAGGGACUGUGCCCCCACAACCCUUGUGCCCCCUGCCUCGUGUGCUUGCAGCGCUGCCGCGCCCACAUGGAUCAGAGCCUGAAAGACCUGGUGGGCCGCCUGCCCUCAGGCCCGCGCGGCAUAACCACCGCCCUCAAGCUGCUCCUGGGCGCCGGCGCCGUCGCCUACGGGGUACGCGAGUCUGUCUUCACCGUGGAGGGCGGGCAGCGCGCCAUCUUCUUCAACCGCAUCGGCGGCGUGCAACCCGACACCGUCCUGGCCGAGGGGCUGCACUUCAGAAUUCCGUGGUUUCAGUAUCCAAUAAUUUAUGAUAUCCGGGCUCGACCCAGAAAAAUCUCCUCUCCAACAGGUUCCAAAGAUCUGCAAAUGGUGAACAUUUCUUUGCGUGUCCUUUCACGGCCCAAUGCCGCAGAGCUGCCCAGCAUGUAUCAGCGCUUAGGCCUGGAUUACGAGGAACGGGUCCUACCUUCCAUUGUCAACGAGGUGCUCAAAAGCGUGGUGGCCAAGUUCAAUGCUUCUCAGCUCAUCACUCAGAGAGCACAGGUGUCUCUGCUCAUCCGCCGGGAGCUGACAGAGCGAGCCAAGGAUUUCAGCCUCAUUCUGGAUGAUGUGGCUAUCACGGAGCUGAGUUUUAGCCGAGAGUACACAGCAGCUGUGGAGGCCAAGCAAGUUGCCCAACAAGAGGCGCAGCGAGCCCAGUUCCUGGUGGAGAAAGCCAAGCAGGAACAGAAGCAGAAGAUUGUCCAGGCAGAGGGAGAAGCCACUGCUGCAAAGAUGCUUGGUGAAGCACUGAGCAAGAACCCAGGCUACAUCAAGUUGCGUAAGAUCCGCGCUGCACAGAAUAUCUCCAAGACGCUUGCUGCAUCACAGAAUCGUGUGUAUCUCACAGCUGAUAACUUAGUGCUGAACCUACAAGAUGUGGACUUCACCAGAGGAAGCGACAGCCUCGUAGGCAAACAGGUGAAGAAGUGAAGCUGCUAGAACCAUCCAGAAGCAUUUACGCUGACUGGCAGAGCGAGGCCUGCAAGCAGUCAUGAUGAUCUUCCCCACUCCCUACCCCAACAGUCCCCCUCACUGGGUCCUUCACUGGUGCCCUAUAAUUUGAUUGCCCUCUCGCACUGAAUUCUCAGUUCAAUAGCCAAGUCAGGGGAUUCCCAGUUCCCCACUCCCUCUGUAUUAACCAGCUCUACCAUUAAGCCAGCCUAGUGAUAAACUUAAUCUGCAUCUUACUUGGUUACUGAAGAAGAUUCAUGUGGCGGUGAUGAGACCAGUGGAGCUGAUGUAAGCCCUGGCAGACUUGCCAUCUUUGUCAGCGCGUGGUUUUUUAUAGGUCUAAAAUCAGAACUGUUCCUGCAACACCCACAUAUGUCUUUAUAUCAUAGCACCAGUGCCUGAUUCUCUUUCCAAUGAGUCUCUGGUCACUUCUUUUCUCCAACUGAGGGGAAAAUGAGCUGCCCAACUCAUGAAUGGAUGGCUUGGGGGCUUCUGUCAUGGCUGGAAUCUCCAUCUGUGCGACUUUAUCCACUCAGUUUAUAAAAAAAAAAAAAAAGAAUAAAAUUGUGAAUCUACUGA